CCGCUGUUUGUUUUGGAUUUAGAAAUAGAAAUUGAAAAUUUGAUUUUGGCUUUGAUAGAAACGCUAUUUAUACACGGUAUGUUUAUUUUUACUUGAAUAAGAUGGAGAUAUCAAAGGGAGAAAGUGAUGAAUGAUCAGAAAAGAGAUAUAUGACUGGGUGAGAUGGAUUGUUGAGAGGGUCCCAAUUUGUUGUGUUGGGUUAGAGGGAAGUUGCGAGUUGGGUUAAAUUGGAUGGGUGGUGGGUGAUGAGUGAUGAGUGAUGAGUGAUGCGGGGUAUGAGCUGAUUAUUUUAAGUAACAAAGCAUACUAAUUAUUGAUCUCGCAGAAACCUACCGUCUAAAUAAUCACUCCUGAAAACAUACCUCGAUACCUCGACAUCUCAAUACCUCAAUAUCUAAACACAAAUACCUUUUUCUACACUUCAUCGACAUCUACACAUCUCAACACAUCUCAAAAUGGGUUUCAAAGCUGGUAGGUAUCUUAAUAUGCAAGAUUGACAUUGGAAAAGAAACUGAUUUGAGGGUUAGUUGUCGCUGGUGCUUCUGGAGGAAUCGGACAGGUGAGUUUGAUUUUCUUGAUUUAGUUUCGCGGACGAGUUUAAUGAAGAGAUUGCUAAUUUGUUAUGGCCAUAUCUAUAGCCAUUGUCCCUUCUCCUCAAGACCUCUUCUCUCAUUACGGAACUGGCUCUUUACGAUGUCGUGAACACUCCCGGUGUUGCCGCUGAUCUUUCGCAUAUCUCAAGCCCAGCUGUACGUAUACAAUCUGAAGGGAUAAGGAUAAGGAUGAGUUGUAGAAGCGGUAUAGAGGGAAUAAAAGAUGCGCAAUGGCUAACCUAUGUUAUCUCCAUAGAAAAUCACCGGAUACUUGCCAAAAGAUGAUGGUGCAAAGUUGGCAUUCAAGAACGCCGAUAUUAUCGUUAUUCCAGCAGGUAUUCCUCGUAAACCAGGAAUGACUCGUGAUGAUCUCUUCAAUAUCAAUGCUGGUAUCGUCAAGGGACUCAUCGAGAUCAUUGCCGAUGUCGCUCCAAAAGCUUAUAUCCUCAUCAUCUCCAACCCAGUUAACUCUACAGUCCCAAUCGCCGCCGAGGUUCUUAAGGCUAAGGGAGUCUUUGAUGCUCAACGUCUUUUCGGUGUUACUACUCUUGAUGUUGUUAGAGCUGAAACAUUCGUUGCUGAGAUUGUUGGAAAGGCAAAUCCUCAAGAACUGACAAUCCCAGUUAUUGGUGGUCACUCUGGAGAGACUAUUGUUCCUCUCUUCAGUCAAGCUAAACCAAGUGUUGAAAUCCCAUCUGAUAAAUUGGAAGCUUUGAUUAAGAGAGUCCAAUUUGGUGGUGAUGAAGUUGUUAAAGCUAAGGAUGGAGCUGGUUCAGCUACUCUUUCUAUGGCUUAUGCUGGUUUCCGGUAUGUUUUAAAAUAUCUAUAUGACAAUUCGUAUUGACAAAAAUUAGUUUCGCCGAAAAGGUUCUCAAGGCCUUGAACGGUGAGAAGGGUAUUGUUGAGCCAACAUUCAUCUACCUUCCAGGUGUACCAGGUGGUGAGGCUAUUGCUAAGGAGACUGGUCUUGAUUUCUUCUCUGUUCCUGUUGAACUUGGCGUACGUUUAUCUUGCCUUUCAUUCCUUUUAAAUUGGGUUAUGGAAACUGACGGUGAAAUAGACCAACGGUGCUGAUAAAGCUCAAAACCCACUCACCAACAUUAACGAUGCCGAGAAGAAACUCUUGGCUGCCUGUGUGGAAGGUCUCAAGGGUAACAUUUCUAAGGGUGUUACCUUUGCUAGAGCUCCUCCUCAACAAAAGUAGUUUCCCUAUUUGAUCUCUCUUCCUCUCUACUUUAUCCUUUUCUACUUCUCUAUUCCAUUUCCUCUUUUAUACUUCAUCUCUAUUUCAGAAACUUGAAAAAAAUUAAGAUGGAUGGAAUGGAAAUCAUCAGCAUAAAACAGAAAAUGUUCGCUUGUUCCUUUUGACUGAUUGUUGGCAUCUUGCUUAGAUAGGUUGUGAGAAGGUCUUUCGAUUUUUCGAUGAAGGGGAUAGAAGCCUUCUUUUCCUAAUUUGAUGUCUCCAUUUCUUCAUUUCCUUCGGAUUUGUUUCGAAAUUGAAUUGUGAAGACUGAAAGAAAGGACAAUGGGAAAUAGAUGAGAAGAUGGUUGAAGGAGAGAGGAAAUGAGAAUGAGAAGAAUGAAAGAAAUAAAAAAAGAAAGAAAUAAAAAAUAGAUUUUGGGAUCCAUGGUAUGGGAUUGAGGGGAUAGGAAUGGAUGGAAUGGGAUCAAUAAGAUCAAAAGAGGAACGUUAUAGGAUUGAUAGCAAGCAAUCAAAUGAAAGUGAUGAUUUAUGAA